GUGGCUUGCUGCCGGCGCGGUUGCGGGGUUCACGAGGGAGCCAUGGAGAACCAUGAGUUAAUCGAAUACUUCAAGUCUCAGAUGAAAGGCAAUCCUAACAUGGCCUCAGCAGUGGCUGCCAUCUGGACUUUGCUGGAGUUCUUGAAGAGAGAUAAAGGGGAGACACUCCAGGGCCUGAGAGCAAAUCUCACCAGCACCAUAGAAACCCUAUGUGGUGUGGACUCCACCGUGGCCGUGUCCUCUGGUGGAGAGCUCUUCCUUCAAUUCAUCAGUCUCAUCUCCCUGGAGUACUCUGAUUACUCUAAAUGUAAGAUCAUGAUUGAGAGAGGGGAGCUUUUCCUCAGGAGAAUAUCCUUGUCAAGAAACAAAAUUGCAAAUACCUUCAUCAAAGAUGGGGCGAGAAUUUUGACUCACGCAUACUCCAGAGUUGUUCUAAAGGUCCUGGAAGAAGCUGUGGCAGCCAAGAAGCGGUUCAGUGUGUACAUCAUGGAGUCUCAACCUGAUUUAUCCAGGAAGAAAAUGGCCAAAGCCCUCUGCCACCUCAAUGUCCCUGUCACUGUGGUGCUAGAUGCUGCUGUUGGCUAUAUCAUGGAGAAAGCAGAUCUUGUCAUAGUUGGUGCUGAAGGAGUGGUUGAGAACAGAGGAAUUAUUAACAAGAUUGGAACCAACCAGAUGGCCGUGUGUGCCAAAGCCCAAAACAAGCCCUUCUAUGUGGUUGCAGAAAGUUUCAAGUUUGUACGGCUCUUCCCGCUUAAUCAGCAAGACGUCCCAGAUAAGUUUAAGUACAAGGCAGACACUCUGAAGUCCAUGCAGACUGGGCAGGAUCUCAAAGAGGAACACCCCUGGGUUGACUAUACUUCCCCAUCCUUGAUUACCCUGCUGUUUACAGACCUGGGUGUGCUGACACCAUCUGCUGUAAGCGAUGAACUCAUCAUGCUGUACCUAUGAGCACAGUCCCCUCCUAUCAACUUGCAGGGAGCAUGUGUACAGAGCUCUACAGGGUGAGC